AUGGUCAGGCGGACCCGCAAUGGUCUGAAGACAAUCGUCGUGUUGACCGGCGCCUUUCUUGUACCGCGACUACAGCGUUCCAGCACAUCAAGAUCGAGCUGCUGCUUGGGCAUGCGAUGGGCACCUGCCAUUCCACUUCCCAUUCAUCCCGGCAUGCGGGUGGAAGCUUUGUGGGAAGAAGAUCUGCAAUGGUACCCAGCCACUGUCCGCCAGGACUUCCAGAACGGAACUUGUCUUGUACUGUGGGACGACCCAGAUGGAGGGCCCGAGCUUUCCCAUUGUGCAGUUCCAGACCUCCGAAUUCUACGUUUGUCCUAUUCUCCUGGACACCUGGUGCUCGCAAUGUUCGAGGACGGCGAGUGGUACAACGCAACAGUUGUCAAGGAUCUGCGCAAUGGCACAUUUAUCGUCUCCUGGGAUGACCCUGAUGGAGGACCGGAGACGUCGAUCUGCGAUGCUGAGGAGAUGAGGAUCGUGGAAGUUGACGAUGACUACAUGAAAGGGGAUUGGGUGGAGGCCAUGUUUGAGGCCGAUCAGGAAUGGUACCCCGGCGUUGUGGAGGAGGUCUUUCCCAACAACACGUUCCUCGUGCAAUGGGAUGAUCCUGACGGCGGACCAGAGACAAGUCUCUGUCUGCCGCGAUACAUGAAGCAUCACCAGGUAUUCUGUGACUACCAGGUGGGGGACCGAGUGGAUGCCAGAUCCGCCAGCGGCGAGCUGCGACCUGCUGUCAUUGGAGAAAUGCAUCCAGACGGUUCUUUCGGAGUGCAAUGGGAGACCGACGCAUCAGAGGGUCGCCACAUCUGCUGGGCCGAAGACUUGAAAGGAGUCAGGCGAGACUACUGCAUUGGCGAUAGGGUGGAAGCACUGUAUCCAGGGACCUGGGAAUGGCAGAGCGGCAUUGUGAGGCGCCAGCUCGAGUAUGGUGCCUUCGAGAUCCGCUGGGACCAGCCUGGUGAUGGGCCGAUGUCAUCCAUGAGUGUUCCGGAAGAGAUGUCGCUUCUUCAAGAAGUAGACGAUGAGGACUGGUUCAGCGAGGACCUGAAUGAGGACUACACAGGCGAGGAACCUGAUGAUUCACCUCCAGCACAAGAAGAGGUCAUUUUCCAAACGUCCAGCGCAAAGCCGAUGGACAAGAGUUGCAAAAGGCAGCUUGCAGGGCUUCCUGAAGUCCAGUGCCUGUGGGUCCAUUCGACUGAGACACAGAUGUUUCGGCGAGGGCGUCCGAGCCAUUCAUCUCGCUUGUGGACGGUUGCAAACGGGCCACAGCUUACCCUGAACCCGCGGCAGAGAGGCCAUCGCCGCAACUGGCGGCAAAGACAAGUCUCCAAGCUCCUGGGGUCGACGGUGAUUCGACACCUGCCGUACACCAUGCGAAGCAGCAGAGAGUUCAUGGAACUUAGUUCGAGCGAGCUUGUGCCCACAAAUUCCGUGGUCUCUUCUAAGGGGCCAACAUGGCCACGGGCCCAGACGGAGUUGCUUCAUAGGCACCGGAGAGUCGUGCUCGCCAUGUCCGGUUCCGGUGAUUCUGUGGAGGCCUCCACCAAGCAGAGCAGCACCUUUAUCAAGAAUCUUGACUACAAGCUGAGACUGAGGGUGUGCAGUGCAUAUCCGGGCGAGGCACCUUUCGAAGUGCUUCUCAAUGAGGAUACAAUCCAGAAGGAGCUAGCGUACAAGAAGUGCUUCGAGUACACUGGUGACCUGCGUUCGGGUGACAAUGUGAACCUGAAGGUUGCCGGACUUGACACUGGCGCUUUCACCAUUGACACGCUCCCCAGAGAGGAUGCCACACUCAUCCUGGUGAUUCAGCGACACGACCGCGCCAGUAUGGCAGUGUCCUUUGCGUCCCAUGUCUUUGCAGGACUGUCUGGGCCGCAGGUUGCCUUGCUGGAUGCCUUUCAGGGGCCAUCGUCCUCACUGGUCGAAAUACGGCCGGAGGGUGGCGAUGACAACGCUGACACGCUGAGGUACAACUCCGUCAUGUCUUUGGAGGAAGGUGACUACGAGGUGGUCCUCCACCAGGGCAAGAAGAAGCGUGAGUACGAGUUCAGCGCGCAGUCUAACGAGGCCUAUGUCAUGAUUCGAUGUGGUGUGAAUUCUGAUUUCAUGGAGAACUUCAAGGAGGAGCCGGCAAUCUGUUGCCGUUCAGGUUGGCCGUUGCCAAUGUCCAGCCAUGGACCUCAUGGACCACCAAAGUCUCGGCUGUGUCUCUAUGGCACCGAUGCCCAGCGGCAGAAGCUGAGAUUUUGUGGCCGGCCUGGCCGGCGCCAAAGCGGCAACAUGAAAAGCUCCCAGCUUCAACCAGGAGGUGCAUCAGGUCCAUUGCUUCCAUUGCUUCAAGCGGUCCUUCAAGUCCUCGGCACGAGAUGGCUGCAGGAAAUUCUCGGUUGUAGCAGGGUGCCGCAUGCCCUUUCAAAGGACAUCUUCCAUGCCCUGCGGCUGCCUGACGAGCGACCCGAGCAGUUGUGCAUGAACUGCGCAGUCCAUGACAAGUUGCACAGAGCUCUGCAACACCUGCAGAUCACGCGCCUUGAGACAGAAAGAAGAAUCGAGGUACUUGCCGAGCAGUAUGCGUCUGUGCGAAAGCACGUCACCACAGUGCAACGCACGACCUGUGGAGAAGUGGGAGCAGGACACUCAACCAGACACAGAAGGCCUCUGAAAGACGGCUCCGACAUGCUACGGCCGUCAUCACAGAAGUUCCUGGGGCGCGACGCCGAGUUCUAUGGGCAACUGGAGCUCAUCCGCUCUUCCGCCCUCUUGCAGGAGCUGAUCAUCUACCCCGGUGAGCAGGCCCACUGCUCAUGGCUGCAGGACCAGAGUGUGGAGAUUGCGGCGUCUGCCUUGUCCAACGAGUGCAGCGCCCCUUGCGCCCCCCUUGCGCCCCCUUGCGGACUUGGGAUGUCGGCUCUGUCCGAGACAGCCUCCGGGUCGCAGUCGGCAACGCCGGCGACUUCUGCAACUUCCGGACCCUCCAGACCCAAGAAGAGCAUGUCUGAGCUACUGGCAAAAGUCACGUCGGAUGUCCCCAGACAAAAGCUUUCAGAGAAAGAUGUUGAUGACUUCUUUCGUGCUGAGCUGUGGCGGCCAGAACAGAAGUCCUUUCGUGAACAGGUGCUUGACCGGGCAGCUGAUCUUGCACCCUCAAGCAGUGCUGCACCACCGUCACCAGUGAGAACUCCACCAAGACGCGGUCGGCCACCGGCAGCAGAGACCCCUCCCCCUUUGCCCCGGCCAGGGCGACCCAACCAAGGGAAAGAGGGCAAACUGAGUGCCGCCCCUCCCGUGGAUCGCAAGCGUAAGAGCGAGGCGCAGCCGCCGACGAAGGCAAAGGUGGCGAAGGCUGGCUCUGCCAGCUCAGAGACCUCUCCAGUUGCCUCGCGGAGGCACACAGUGAAGUCACCAGAGAUGCCAAAGUCCAUCCUCAAAAAGCCCUCCCCGAAGAAUCAGAAACCCAAGAAGGCUAUUGAAAAGCCAAACACAUUGCAGAAGUCAACCCAGCGUCAAAUCACCAAGCUGCAAGCCACGGGGGCUUUGACGCGUGUUCCGGUUGAUGUCUUUGCCGAAGUGCACGUGAAGCCAGAGCCGCAGGAGAACGGAAAGCACGGACGUCCACAGAGGCGCAGGAUGCCUCCACUACAAAGUUGGCGGAACGAGCGGGUGAUUUACAAACGGACGGCCCGCUCUGCCGGGCCCUCCGUUGUCGCAGUCGAGCUCGACAUGGCCCGGGCUCCCGAUGUCCAGCUACCUGCCUUGCAACUCCCGCUGCCGGACAUCGAGGCCUCGGAGUUUGCUGGCAUAUCCACACAAAGAAUGGGCAGCAAGAUCUACGCAUUGCCUUGCACGGCCAGGGCAGGGCCCUGCACGAUUGAGCUUUGUGGCCCAGGGCUGAUUCACGUCUUGGACGGAUCACUGCGGUUUGCGAAAGAGACAGACAAGCGGGAGAAGCUGGCGGAUGUUGGCACCAGACUCAGGAGUUCGCUUCUUGUGGGUCGAGAUCAGGUAAAUGUACUGGUGGAAGGAAAUGUCGGAGAUGUUUUCGUGAUGGGUUGCUGCGAGACGAGGUCACUGGGCGUGAUGGUCUCCGGUCAAGCCAAUGGUAUCAUCACCCCUGUGCAGGAUUUGUUGGGGAGCUAUGGCUACCUCGAGGAUGCUUCUUCUGAGGUCAAAGCCCGGAAAAGUGAUGUUGCAAAGGCGGUGGCAGAGCUGAAGGCUGCGAUAGAAGCAGCCCGUGCGAGCCAAGACGUGCACACAGAAGGCCAACUGCAGAACCUUCUUGCACGGGGCCACCUCAUAAAAGGGAACACUGAUGCGGCGAGGGAUGCUGCAGAGGCUGCAAUGGCAAUCUGCGAGGAGCAGCAGGACAAGGCCUUGGAAGCCAAGGUUCAUUUGACGGUCUCCCGGAUCAACCUCCGAAUCCACGACUUCGAGUCUGCAGUUCAGGAGGUGCGAGAGGCCAUCGCCAUCUAUCAGCAGACGGGAGAGGGCCGGAAGGAGGCAGCAGCAUUCUACGAGCUUGCAGGCGUCUGCAUGGAAUAUGGCAACCUCAACGAGGGCCAUCAAGCUGCUGACAAGGCCCAGGGGCUCUGGCAAAAUGAAGCAGACAAGAAAGAGGAGAUCAAGGCCAAGCUGCGCCUUGCCGAGCUGGUUGCCAUGAAAGGUCAGAUAGACGAGGCCAUCCAAAUGGCCACCGAGGGCAUGACUUCAUCGCAGAACGAGAACAACAGGGACGCAGAGGCUGAGUGCCUUCGAGUCCUGAGCAUCUUUCACCAGGAGAUGGGUGAUCUCGACCUGGCGUUGGAUGCAGCACGGAAGGAGCGCCUCGUGAGGGAGAAGGCCAGAGACAAGAAGGGCGCAGCUCAAGCCUUGCAUAGCAUCGCAACGCUCCACAUGAGCCGGGAAGAACCAAAGGAGGCAGCUCGUGCGGCGGAAGCAGCAAAGACCAUCUACAAGAAGGAGAAGGAUGUCGUCGGGCAGGUUGAGUCACUUUCACUUGUUGCUCAAGCGCACAUGUUCAUGGUUAGCAAGUUGGAUGCCACUGAAGAGCAGGAGGGACCCGUCAAGGAAAAUCGACUCAACAUUGCGGGCUCCAAAGCAUAUGUCGCAACAGACGAAGCAAUGGCAGCCAUCAAGGACUGUAAAGACGAUGGGGCCCUUGCCACGGCAAACUUUUCAAGAGCCGAGGUUCUGUCACUGUUUGGGGAGACGCGUGAGUCAGUUUCAGCAGGGAGACGAGCCUGCGAGGCAUAUCGCCGGACAGGUGAGCAGCAACCCUUGGCGGUGGCCCUGAUGUUGUGUGCUAGAGGCUUCCUCGAACUGGGGACUGCAGGACUGGCAGAGAAGUCUGCUGAGGAGGCGCUUGACAUUUUCCACAGAAUCAAUGAUGAUGAGGGUGUGGCAGCAGCCAACGAGCUGCUGAAUGAGAUUGGGCCGAGCGGAGUGGCGCUCGGAGGAGGAGCCUAUGAUGUGGAGGCGAUUACUGCGGCACCGGAGGCCACUGCCGCAGCAUCGGCUGUGGCAGUGCAGCAGAAGGGGCCAGAGCCCGCACAAGUGAAGGAGAUGAUCAGGAAGGAAGUCGAGAGCAUCCUUGGAAGCUCCGACGAAGUGGCAGAUGACACGCCUCUCAUGGAUACCGGUCUGGACAGCUUGUCCAGCGUGCAGUUCCGCAACGACCUGACGAGGGAUUUCAAUGUCAAACUGCCAGCUUCGUUGAUGUUCGACUACCCAACCAUCACAGCGCUGACGGAAAAGAUUGUGCAGGCCCUCGAGGACCAAGGUUAG